AUGUACAAGUCAUUGUACUCUUACUCCUUGACACGACACUAUCCCUACCGGUGGUUCACACCAGUAUUAGCCGUCGGUGGGGUGAUUGCCAUAGCCGGGUUCUCUCUCCUCAACGUUGCGGGCCAAGGAUACGAGUUAACUCCGAGAUCAUCCGUCAAUCCAAAUGAAACAAGCUCUCAGAGGGAUUGGCUGUCAAAUUGGCCCACAUUCCUCGUCGGAGCACUCCCGAGCUGCGAAGAUACCGUCAUCCCGCUCCAGGCCCAGAUAUACACAAAUAAAUCAGCAAUUCCUUACACAAUCGAAAGUGUAUGGAAGCUUACAGAUGAUGAACAGACCGAGAACCUUGGGUCCUUAGUUUACCAUAACCAGCCUCUUCAGCAAUGCAAUAUCUCCUCCAUCUUUUGUGAUUUUGAUAUUCAAACGCGAUCAGCAUCGCAAAUGGCCAUGUUGCCUGUCGGCGGGACAGUGACUACGAUAAUUGUGUGCUAUUUCGGUAGUAAAGAAGGGCGAACCUACGUCCAGCUCAAUGGGCCUUUCGAUCCCGUGGGCUCGCCCUAUCGACACUACCGGUCCUUUAUCUACAGUAACCAGUCGCACCAGGCGAAUCUUCAUUGGGGCUACUCUAUGAUGCGAACUUACUGGGCCGAUAUGAUGUGGAAGUUUGCAGAAAGCAAUAAAAAACGGGAUAAUCGCUGGUACAACGGGGUUGUCUCGGUCGACUUGCCACCAGAGAAGCAGAUUGCUACAGAGCAGGACAUUAUGGACAAAGACUUCUUGCGUCUUGACUGUUUCUUAAACCGGAGGCAGGAUCCAGAUACUCGCACCUUCAUCGACUUUUGUGCCUCACGAAGGAACAUGACUACGUUUGCUGCGCUUGGAGGCGACGAUGUUCCCGAUUUGGAUUUUUGGGAGUCAGCAAAUAACUUCACCAAAGCCACAUAUUUUACAGUUCUGGCGGACCUGGGGCGCGAUGACGCCUCUAUGCCGAAUAUACUAAGUCGGCCAGCUCUCCUAAAAGACUUUACCCAAAGCCUCGCGUUUACCCGCAAGAACCUGAGUAGCGCAUUCAGCUGGGGACUCCACGAUACUGGUACCAAAUCUUUUGACCCAUCGGAGUUUCCGAGCGUCGAUCUGACUAUUGAGCCGGCUGUGCUUUCUACGACAUAUCUAUGCAAAGUCAGGGUGCUCAAGAACCCCGCUAACCUAAUCAUGGCAGUCCUUGUGGCCGAUAUCGUGUUCGUCAGUGCACUCUGGAGGCUAUACAAGUGGGCAGUGGAUACAUUCUGGGUUGGCGAGGCAGCGACGUUGCCGCAGUGCGCUUGCUAUAAGCCUGAAGAAGUCCGAGAUGGUGAGAUUAUUGAUGAAAAAUAA